AUGUUUCGAAAACAUCAUUCAACAACAAUAGACGAUGAUGAUGACGAGACGAUGCAACAUACAACUUCCUCAACUCGUAAAGAAGAGAACUCCGAAUCGGAAAACAAUUAUGUUUCAGAAACACCAUCCAAACAAGAAUCUUCAAGUCGUACAUACAUUUCAUCACCUCUAGAGGCUACAACAAGUCCACUCACUCCCAAUAGUCAAAACAGAAUCCUUACGAAACUACCCUCUUCUCUCAAGUUAGAUACACAAAAGUUAAUACGAAAAUCGUCAUUGAGUUCAUUCUCGGCUUCACUUUCAAAAAGUUUAAGAUCGUCCAUGCACCCCCAUAAUGUAUCCAACGAUUAUUCCAAGCAAGCACAGAGUAGUAACCAGACAAUGAAAAGCAGCACGUGGUCCAAUUUUCAUUCACCACAAACCAUUAUUAUUAUUGAAAUUGGAAGAAAAUAUUUCAAGUGUGGGUAG